CCAGCCAAUCCGGCCUGAGGGUCGUAUUUUUUUGCGGCACUCUUGGGACCUGCCCUCACUCUCCAGCUAAAGCCCGCACCGCGCAGGUGGACGUCCAGAGCCCCGGUGUUCCAGUUACGCUCGCCCACCUCCGUCUGGUGAGGGCAAGGAGCUGACCCUUCCGUGGAUGUUGGACGUUGAAGCCCAGAUGCCCCCUCCGGGCGAAUGGAAAACGCCCCCCUUUGACCCGCGCUUCCCUAACCAGAACCAGACGCGUAACUGCUACCAGAAUUUUCUGGACUACCACCGGUGCUUGAAGACUAUGAACCGGCGCGGGAAAGACACACAGCCCUGCGAGUACUAUUUCCGCGUGUUCCAUUCCCUGUGUCCCAUCAGCUGGACGCUGGGGUCCCUCCCCUCUGCCUCUCCAGGUGCAGCGCUGGACCGAGCAGAUCCAGCAGGGAACUUUCCCGGGCAAAAUCUGACUGCGCAGCUGAGCGCGGCUCCUCAGUGACCGCUGUCCUCUGACCAAGCCCCAGCCUGGCUUACCCCAUCUCUUCUUUAUCUCUACGCCACGAAUAAAGUUAUGCUGCUGCUAA